GUCCUCGGGACAGCUUCUGGAAAGUCUUAACUUCUGGAAGCCUUCGACCAAGGAGGGUACCGUGUGCACCCCCAGAGCACCUUAGAUUUCCCACAGCAGACCCAAAAUGGAGCCGGGACAGGCAGGGGGCGCGCUUCUGCUGCGGCUGGUAACACUUGCUCAAGGUAUUUUAAGCUGUCUGGCAUACAAUGUUGGCCUCCCAGGAGCAAAAAUAUUUUCCGGUCCUUCAAGUGAACAGUUUGGUUAUGCUGUGCAGCAGCUCAAAACCCCACAGGGCAACUGGCUGCUGGUUGGUUCACCAUGGAGUGGCUUUCCUGAGAACAGAAUGGGAGAUGUGUACAAGUGCCCUCUUGAUGUCCCCACGGACGCUUGUGAGAAGCUGAACCUGCAAAGUUCAACCAGCAUCUCAAAUGUUACGGAGAUCAAAACCAACAUGAGCCUGGGUUUGACCCUCACCAGGAAUUCGAGGACCGGAGGCUUUCUAACCUGUGGUCCCCUGUGGGCACAUCAGUGUGGAAAUCAGUAUUAUGCAACUGGAAUUUGUUCUGACAUCAGUCCGGACUUUCAGUCCUUGACCAGCUUUUCACCUGCAGUUCAGGCUUGCCCCUCCUUCGUCGAUGUUGUAGUUGUGUGUGAUGAAUCAAACAGUAUUUAUCCCUGGGAGGCGGUAAAGAAUUUUUUGGAAAAAUUCGUACAAGGCCUGGAUAUAGGUCCCAAAAAGACACAGGUGGCGUUAAUUCAGUAUGCCAAUGAACCAAGAGUUGUAUUUAACUUGAACCGUCACAAAACCAAAGAGGAAAUGGUCAAAACCACAUCGGAAACCCGCCAAUUUGGUGGGGACCUCACAAACACCUUCAAAGCGAUUGAAUUUGCAAGAAAAAAGGCUUAUUUACCAGCUUCCGGUGGGCGCCCAGGUGCUACUAAAGUCAUGGUAGUUGUGACUGAUGGUGAAUCCCACGACGGGUCGAGUCUGAAAGAAGUGAUCCAGCAAUGCAAUGACGAUGAGAUCCUGAGAUUCGGCAUAGCAGUUCUUGGGUAUUUAAACAGAAAUGCCCUUGAUACUAAGAAUUUAAUCAAAGAAAUCAAAGCAAUUGCUAGUACUCCAACAGAGAGAUACUUUUUCAAUGUGGCCGAUGAAGCAGCCCUGCUGGAGAAGGCCGGGACCCUGGGAGAGCACAUUUUCAGCAUUGAAGGUACUGUUCAAGGAGGAGACAACUUCCAGAUGGAAAUGUCACAAGUGGGAUUCAGCGCGGACUACUCUCCUCAAAAUGAUAUUUUGAUGCUUGGUGCAGUGGGCGCUUUUGACUGGAGUGGAAGUGUUGUUCAGGGGACAUCUCAUGAGCACUUGAUCUUUCCUAAGCAAGCCUUUGACCACGUUCUGCAGGAUCGGAACCACAGUUCGUUUUUAGGUUACUCUGUGGCUGCAAUUUCUACUGAAAAGGGUGUCUACUUUGUGGCUGGUGCUCCGAGGGCAAAUUAUACUGGCCAGAUAGUGCUGUACAAUGUUAACAAGGAUGGCAAUGUCGCAGUGAUUCAAUCUCACAGAGGGGACCAGAUUGGCUCCUAUUUUGGUAGUGUGCUAUGUUCGGUUGAUGUGGACAGAGACACCAUUACAGACGUGCUCUUGGUCGGUGCUCCCAUGUACAUGAAUGACCUCAAGAAGGAAGAGGGGAAAGUCUACCUGUUCACGAUCACAAAGGGCAUCUUGAAUCAGCACCAGUUCCUUGAAGGACCUGAAGGCAGUGGAAAUGCUCGCUUCGGUUCAGCGAUUGCAGCCCUUUCAGACAUCAACAUGGAUGGCUUUAAUGAUGUGAUCGUAGGUUCUCCUGUAGAGAAUGAGAACUCUGGAGCGGUGUACAUUUACAAUGGUCACCAGGGUACAAUUCGCACCAAGUAUUCCCAGAAAAUCCUUGGAUCCGAUGGAGCCUUCAGGAGCCAACUCCAGUUCUUUGGAAGGUCCCUGGAUGGCUAUGGAGAUUUAAAUGGAGAUUCCAUCACUGAUGUAUCCAUUGGUGCUUUGGGACAAGUGGUUCAACUCUGGUCCCAAAGCAUUGCUGAUGUGGCUAUAGAAGCAUCAUUCACUCCCGACAAAAUCACUUUGCUUAACAAGGAUGCUAAGAUAACCCUCAAACUCUGCUUCAGAGCAACGUUUAAACCUACUGGGCAAAACCAUCAAGUGGCCAUCCUGUAUAACAUGACACUUGAUGCAGAUGGAUAUUCAUCCAGAGUGACCUCCAGGGGGGUAUUUAGAGAAAACAGUGAACGAUUCCUGCAGAAGAAUAUGGUUGUAUCCCAAGCACAGAGCUGUUCUGAGUAUGACAUUAGCAUACAGAAGCCCUCUGACGUGGUCAACCCUUUGGAUCUGCGUGUGGACAUCAGUUUGGAAAACCCAGGCACUAGCCCUGCCCUUGAAGCCUAUUCUGACACUGUCAAAGUCUUCAGCAUCCCUUUCUACAAAGAAUGUGGCAGCGAUGGACUUUGCAUCUCUGACCUGCUCCUGGAUGUCCAGCAGCUGCCAGCCACUCAAAACCAACCCUUUAUUGUCAGCAACCAGAACAAAAGGUUAACGGUUUCAGUGGCACUGAGGAACAGAGGGGAAAGUGCCUACAACACUGCCAUCAAGGCUGAGUUUUCCGAGAACUUGUUUUUUGCUUCUUUUUCCAUGCCGGUCGACGGAACAGAAGUAACAUGCCAGGUGGGCUCAUCGCAGAAAUCUGUUACCUGUGAUGUGGGAUAUCCUGCCUUAAAGAGUGAUGAGCAGGUGACUUUUACCAUCAACUUCGACUUCAACCUUCAAAACCUCCAGAAUCAGGCAACCAUCCGUUUCCAGGCCUUCAGUGAGAGCCAAGAAGCAAACGAAGCAGACAAUUUGGUCAGUCUCAAGAUCCCUCUUCUGUAUGAUGCCGAACUUCACUUAACCCGAUCCACCAAUAUAAAUUUUUAUGAAAUCUCUUCGGAUGAGAAUGCUCCUUCUGUCAUAAACAGCGUUGAAGAUAUUGGUCCCAAAUUCAUCUUCUCCCUCAAGGUAACGACGGGAAGCUCUCCAGUAAGCAUGGCCUCAGUCACCAUUCACAUUCCCCAGUACACCAAGGCGAAGAACCCGCUCCUGUAUCUAACUGGAGUGCAAACAGAUGAGGCUGGUGACAUCAGCUGUGCAGCAGAUAUAAAUCCGCUAAAGCUAGGACAAGCGUCCUCUCCUGUCACUGUCAAGAGUGAGAACUUCCGGCAUACGAAAGAACUGGACUGCAGAACCGUCUCCUGCAGUGACAUCACCUGCUGGCUGAAAGACCUUCACAUGAAAUCGGAGUACUUUAUCAAUGUGACAACCAGAGUCUGGAACAGGACCUUCGCUGCUUCGACUUUCCAGACUCUGCAACUGACAGCAGCUGCAGAGAUUGAUACACACAACCCGCAGCUGUACGUGAUUGAGGACAACUCCGUCACGAUUCCCCUUAUGAUAAUGAAACCCACCGAGAAAGAGGAAGUACCAACAGGGGUUAUAAUAGGAAGCAUAAUUGCUGGAAUCCUCUUGCUCUUGGCUCUGGUUGCAGGUUUGUGGAAGCUUGGCUUCUUCAAAAGACAAUAUAAAAAAAUGAGCCAAAAUCCAGAUGAGGUGGACGAGACCACAGAACUCAACAGCUAAACUCCCAGCGGACACCACGGCAUGGCGGCUGGCAAGAUCCCAGCUACGGUUCACUCUGUGACAGUCCAGUUUUAAAUAAUUUAAUAGGCAAACUAGCCUGAUCAUUUUAGAGUAAACUGCUGGUCAGUUGGGAAUGAAGACAUUGUGGGUGGAGGUUAUGGCUAAAAGAACCAAAGUCAUUAUAUAUAGAAAGAAAAAAAGUAAUUUUUUAAACUGGCUAGUCCAGUGUUUACAUGCUAACGUUUAGUAUGUCAAGAAGACAGGAUGGGUCUAUGCAUGACAAGCCUUCAAGAAAAUUGUAACAUUUUUCAGAUGGGGGGUGGGAAAGUGCAUGGGGAAUGCUCUUUUAAUUUUACUAAAAGUAACAAGAGAAGUGAAAAGUGAAUAAUACAUAAUGCAUAUUAUAUAUGUUAUAUUAUUAAUAUAGCAUAUAAGUAUGUAUUACAUAUAUAUAACUGUGACAUAAAUUAUAUUGUAAAUAAUUUAUAUUAUAUUGGGUGUUUCAACAUAUAUAUUACUAUAAUAUAUAUGAAUGUUUGUUGAAAAAAGAGAAAACUAGCAUAGAUUGUUUUUUUUUUCAAUUUAUGCUGUUCAUCCAAGGUUGCGACAGAGGAUACUUUUAAAUGAUAAUAUUAUUUAUAAACUAGUUUUUUUUUUUAAGAAAAAAAGAGUCUUGCUAUUGCAGGACAGUAAUUUCAGCUACUCAGGAAGCUGAGACAGGAGUCCGAGUCUGGGGUGUCCCUGAGUUGUACAGUGAGUUCAAGGCUAUCCUGGACAACUUAAGGAGACCUUGUCUACAAGCAAAAGGUGAAAUGAUGCCGGGGCUCAGCUUAAUCACAGAGUGCUUGCUUAGCAGGAUCUUUAAAAAAUACAUAAAACUUGUUGCUUUCUUUCAUGUCCUGACUGCCUCUUCUGAGUACCAUCUUUACUAUAAACAUGCUUGAAUAGCCAUGAGAAAUACAGAAUAUAUAUAUAUAUAUAAAGUAUUUUAUAUGUAUAUAAUACAUAUAUGUGCACAUACAUACAAUACAUUUAAUAUAUAUACAUAUAUAGAAUACUUGCAGGUAAAUAUACCAAUUACUAAAAAAAAACAAAAACCACCACAAGCAUCAUGCUGUGGGAGGGUCAGUUUAAAAGCCAAGGCACCCAAAUUUACUAACACCCUAUACUAUAACAAGUUUAUAGUAUAACUAACUGCCUGCUGGGGCCAUCCUGACAAAGGAAAGGGGGAGGGGCAUUCCUCUUAGGACUAGCAAGAUUUCUCUUUUACUUGAUUAGCUAGCUGGAAGGGAACUAGCGGAUUUGCUAGAGAUGGACAAUUUCUUUUGCUAACUGCCUCAUCUGCCUCUCCCCUUCCCUGUUGCCCUUAACGACAGAAGGCCCCCGCGGCAUGCCUUUCCCCCCAGUAGUUUCCACUCUCCUCUACCAGCCAGCCAUAGCUCCCACACCACGAGUCCUAACCUGCCCCCUCACACUACCAGAGUGUGGGGAUGAGAGAAAGUCCCCUGCAGUUCACACACCUGUGUGGCUACUCAUACACUCCUCAACUUUAGGGAGCUAUUUCAUUUGCUGCUACACAGUAAGAAGACUAUGCCUGGAUUGCAGCUGUUGCAGUUAUCCAGAAGGUAAACGGAACAGCUCAGGGAUUCGCAGGUUGGACGAGCAGCAGACCCUCUAGGCUUGACUCGGGCAGGUAGAACUCUUCAGCCCCGACUCUAGAAACUCUGACUAGCUCGGGCUGAUGGAAAACCCAAUGGCCUGAAUUUUGACAAGAACCCAGGCGUUGUGAUGUAAACAGACUGUGCUCCAGGGAGUUGCACACCCUUUUCCACCCGUGGCACCUUAUUUCGGAGCCUAUACAUUCUCCAGAAGAGCUCCCGGAAGACGGGUCCAGGGAACAACAGUAGAAGCCACUGUCACACACUAUAUGCACAGAGCUUUGGCCCAGUCCUUAACCUCGUGGAACUUCAUUGUUCUCAUUACGAAAGGGGAAGUCAGGGUUAGGGCUCAGCAGUGACUCAAUCUUAAAAGUUAAACAUAAGGAUUUCCUACUAUACAACCUCCAAGAAUGGGACCUAGAGAGGUCAGAGGAAAAACAGCUUGCCCGGGUGUGCAUGGAUGGCCCUGACUGUCCCCAUGGCCAGGCCCCUGCGUGGCGGGCCAGAGCCAAUUGGACCAGUUAUUGGCUUACUUCAUCCUUGUCUAAAGCCAAACAGAAGGGAAAAAAUAUUAGCUGCAAAUGUCAGGGAGGCACAGCGAAACCAGCUUGGUACUCUCUUAGUUAUGAGAUCCAGGGUCCAAGUCUUUUAACAGCUGCGUGGAGGCACUGUGGCAUUCUAACCAAAUUUUUAGUUUGGAGUGGAGAAACCAGGAUGACAGAGAAUCCUUCACAAACCGACUACACACACACACACACGCACACGCACAUACACACGCACGUUUUCUAGUGCACUUUAGGAGUACUCAUAGCACACAGUUCCUGUAUUUUACUGCCUCCCUCUCCUUCUAUAGGCAGUAAACCAGGGUCAUCUACUACUAUACACACAGAGCUUGAGACCUUUGACAAGCCUUGGCAUAGGUCAUCAGCUUUGAUUAGCUUUUAAGGGGUAAGGCUGGCUUACGACCACACUUAGUCUCUAAACCAUUUCUCACGCUAGCCCAGGGGUUGUGACGUCAGCAAUGCUGUUAUUCUGGAGCAGGCAGUUUCAUGAGGGGAGGAGCUGUCUUGCUCCUCCCAGGGUUUUCAGCAGCAUCCUUGGCUUCUACCUACUCAAGGAAAGAUUGCAUCUUCCCCGCCCCCCCGGGGUCCUGACACCAACACAUGUCCCCCCACACCCAGUCUUUACUAAGUGACUCCUGUAUCUUUCAAGAAAUUUUUAGCAAAGCCGAAUGUUCUCAAGAAAUUAUUGGGGGCAGGUAGGCAGGGUUGGGAAGGAAGUUAUGUGGUCCAUUCAACCCUAUCUUUUGCUUUAAUAGUAAGUAUAGGACUCAAAAGAUGUCAGGUUAAAAUUUCCAUUUCAUAAAUGGUGGAUCACAAAAAAAAUGUGAUCUUAAACACUUGAGUUGCCUCCUGCGUGCUCAGCACACAGCUCUAUAAAGAGCAGCAAGGUAAAAUAGUGCAAUAAAGGAACGGGACUCAUUUAAAACUAUGCAGCACUCAUUUUAGCAGCAAACUAUGAAUGCCUAACUGGUCGGAUGUUCUUCUAGCUAGCAGUGUUAUCUUUAUAAGACAGUGAAACUUGCCUUUAACUGUGAAGAAUAAAGAAAACUGAAGCCAAUUUAUGGUAGUCACACACGUGACUAUAAUUCUAAAUUAUAAAGUAUAGUGCUAUGCUGCAUCUAUCUUGAUACAGGGCUGUAACCUAACAUGUAAGAAUCUCAUUAAGACUUCAAUAAAGAGAAGGCGGGAUUCUUAGCAGAGCUCCCUCACCCUUCUCUUUACACACACACACACACACACACACACACACACACACACACAAUUCUAUACACAAUCCCCGAGCGCUAUGGCCUUUAUGUACAUUUGGAAAGGUUCCUUUUCAUUAACACGAAGGAGUAAACACCCAGAGUUAAAAGAUAAACACGGGGGCAACUUUGGGAGUAAAAUAUUUACUACUUUGAAUUUUCAAGUAGAAAGAUGUAGUCAAUGUGUAAAUAUAUAGAUUGUAUUGUAUGUACUUGGUUUUGGCAAAUGAAGCCAAAAUGUAAAUGUAUAUAUUGCACAAGGAGUAGGUUUGUCUAUCUUUAAAGAGGAGAGUAUCUCAUUCCCUCCACAAAGGAUUAGUAGUCUUGCUGAGAUGUAAUGUUUGCAGGUUUGAACUAAAUGUGCUUUGCCAUUUUACUCCCCUCCCCAAAGUGAAUAAGAUGAAUGUGCUUGUUUGUACCCCAAUUUGGUGAAUUUAUCUGAUUUCUUAGAAACAAAUUAUAGUAAUUGACAUAAGAACUUUCCUGAUAUCAAAGCACGAGAUUCGGACAGAAAAGUCUUAUUUAAUUGUAAAUCGUUCUUUUUAUAACCUGUUGUUAAAUAUCAUUAAAAAUGUUUUGAAAGUAA